AUGGCCCCCACCGCCUGCGCACCGCUCCCGGCACAGCCCGUCCCGCCCCCCGUCCCGCCGCACGAACCGCACCUCCCCUCCCUCGCCGCGUACCACGCCCUCUACGCGCGCUCCAUCGCGGACCCUUCCGCCUUCUGGCGCGACAUUGCCGACGAGUUCACGUGGCACUCGAAGUCCAACUUUGACCCCGCCGCGGGCCCGGUGCACGUGUCCUUCCUGCCGGACCGCCGCACCAACGUCGCGUACAACGCGCUGGACCGCUGGAUCUCCGCCGGGCACGGCGCGCGCGUCGCCUUCUACGCCGAGGGCAACGAGCCCGGCCGCCGCCGCGUCGUCACGUACGCAGACCUCGCCGACUCGGUCGCGCGCAUGGGCAACGUGCUGCGCGCGCGCGGCGUGCGCAAGGGCGACGUCGUAGUCCUAUACAUGCCCAUGGUCCCGGAGCUGCCGGCCGCCAUGCUGGCGUGCGCGCGCAUCGGCGCCGUGCACUCGGUCGUGUUCGGCGGCUUCUCGUCCGAGGCGCUCGCGGGGAGGAUCGUUGACUCGAAGGCCAACGUCGUCGUCGUUACGGAGGCGAUCGGGCGCGGGAAGAAACAGAUCCAGCUCAAGGCCAUUGCUGACCGCGCGCUUGAGAUCGCGGAGGCGGCCGGCCAUCGCGUGGAGCACCAGAUUGUCACCAAGGUGCCGGGGGCGGAGAGCGUGUCCGACGAGGCAUGCAUGGUGGCCGGGCGCGACGUGGAUUGGGACGAAGCGGUGAGGGAGGCAGACGCGGAGUGCGAGGUGGAGUGGGUGGAGAGCGAGCACCCGUUGUUUGUGCUGUACACGAGCGGGAGCACGGGGAAGCCGAAGGGCGUAGUGCAUUCGACAGGGGGGUAUAUGGUUUACGCGGCGACGACGUUCAAGUAUACGUUUGACUAUCACGAGGGGGACGUGUUCUUUUCGACGUCGGACUGCGGGUGGAUCACGGGGCACUCGUACGUGACGUACGGGCCGUUGCUGAACGGGGCGACGCAGGUGCUGUACGAGGGCGUGCCCAACUACCCCACCCCGGCGAGACUGUGGGAGAUCUGCGAGCAUUACGGGGUGAACCAGCUGUACACGGCGCCGACGGUGAUUCGGGCGCUCAAGGGGGCGGCGCCGCCCCCGCAAGCGAGGGAUGGUAAGGCAGAGGCCCUGCGGGUGCUGGGGACGGUGGGCGAGCCGAUCAACCCGGAGGCGUGGAUGUGGUACUACGAGGUGGUGGGGGCGCGGCGGUGCGCGAUCGUGGACACGUGGUGGCAGACGGAGACGGGCGGGCACGCGAUGACGCCGCUGCCCAUCCCGGGGCUGCAGAUGAAGCCGGGGUGUGCGAUGAUGCCGUUCUUCGGGAUCCAGGCGGCGCUGCUGAACGGGGACGGGGCGGAGGUGGAGGGCGAGGGGGAGGGAUUGCUGGUGAUCAAGUCGGGGUGGCCGGCGGCGCUGCGCACGGUGUACGGGGACCACGGGCGGAUGGAGGAGGCGUACUUUGGGCGGUUCCCGGGGUACUACAUGACGGGGGACGGUGCGCGGCGGGACGCGGACGGGCACUACUGGCUGACGGGGCGCGUGGACGACAUCCUGAACGUGAGCGGGCACCGGAUCGGGACUGCGGAGGUGGAGUCGGCGCUGGUGCUGCACCACGCGGUGGCGGAGGCGGCAGUGGUGUCGGUGGGGCACGCGGUGAAGGGGGAGAGCCUGUACGCGUUCGUGUCGCUGAUGGGCGGGGUGGAGGCGUCGGGCGACCUGCGGGCCGAGAUCCGGGCGUGCGUGCGCAACGAGAUCGGGGCGUUUGCCGCGCCCGACGCCGUGCACUGGGCGCCCGCGCUGCCCAAGACGCGCUCCGGGAAGAUCAUGCGGCGCAUCCUCCGCAAGAUCGCGGCCGGCGGCGCGCGCACCAGGCGAGAGGACCUCGGCGACACCAGCACGCUCACAGACCCGUCCGUCGUCGACGCGCUGCUGGACACGUUUGGCAAGUAG